AUUCCCUACAACACAAAACCCUUUUAUUAUUAUUAUUAUUAUUAUUAUUAUAGAGCUUAUCAAUUAGCUAGACGUGGUUAUUUUAUAUAUAUAUAUAUAUAUAUAUAUUUGAGUGUUGAAGUAGCUGAAGAUCGAAUUGAAGAUAUACAUGGAGGUAGGGCUUGUGGGUUUUCCUCAUGAUCAUGAAGUCAUUGAUGCAGCACCAGUUAGAAGUUUAGCUAUGCAAUGGCCAAUCCAAAACAAGGCUGCUUCACCUUCGGUUUCGGUUUCGAUUUCGGCUCCGGCUCUGGCUCCAUUUAUUUCUCCGUUGGCUUCGAUCCGGGGAGUACCGGAAAACACUUUUAGGACAGGAUUCAACGCUCUUGCAUCCUCCGGAUUGGUUAAAAUAACUUCCAACGCACAACCUUGUGUAGAGACAUCUUAUAAUGCAACAAAUUCAACAGCUUUAUUGCCAGUCGGAGUCGAACGCCGUGCAUUUGGCUCGGUUGGUUCGCAACCUUUUCCGGUAGCUAAUUCUGUUGCAAGUUUGCCUCCGACUAUCCCCGUUGUCGGAACAACAGAUUUAAGCUGUAAUUACAACAAUAUUAUUAAUAAUAAUAAUAUGGGAAAAGUGUGGUCGAACGCAGCAGCAGCGGCGGCUCAGCUAACCAUCUUCUACGACGGCUCCGUCUGUGUUUACGACAAUAUCUCUCGUGACAAGGCUGAGGCAAUUAUGCUGUUGGCCGGAAACGGAACGUCGGCCAGCGCAGCAACUCCCGUUCAAGCGCCGCUGCCUCGUUCUUCUUUCGUCGAUGGCUUUGUCAGCACUCAAUCUUGCACGCCAAUUGCGCUUUGUUCGAGCUCGAAAACUCUACCAUCCAUCAGCAUUCCUCGAUCCAUCGCCUUCUCAAAUUCAGGCACGAGCAGCAGCAACAGCGACGAGCCAAUGGUCUCAAAGUUGGGCGAUUUUCUCAUCUCUUCCAACAAAGGCGACCGUGCAAUAGUCGUCGACACACAAGCUCCAUCAGGCACCGUUCCACAGUUCCGGAGAAAAUCAUUGGCUCGGUUUCUAGCGAAGCGCAAGGACAGGGUAAUCGGCGCAUCGCCAUUUGUUCACACACAAUCCACGGAUAGCAGCAGCAGCAGCAGCGUUCCGGGGGCUGUUAACUCCAUCUUGACGAUCAACUCAUGUCCGAAUUCGACCAUUGAUCGAUGGAAAUACUAAGUUGCACAGAACUUCACAUGCUACAUGUUCAUAUUUAUAGCACUCUAGCUGUCUAAUUGUCGCAAAAAAACUACUAAUCGAUUCAUUCUAAGACCGAGUUAUAUGGCGCAAACAUAAAUGGUUUCUUCGAUGGUUUGCGAUGUACCCUAAGAUAUAUAUCCCGAAAGCGAAUAUCUUCGAUCAA